CGCCUGCGUAAAUCAGCUGUUCAUUUGUAAACAACAUUCUUUGGCCAUUGGCUGGUUUGCUUAUUGCGUAGAAUAACAUUAAAUCGUGAACUGUGAGAAAUUACGUAAUAUUACGUUGAAAACAUGUGUACGCUGCACAUUGAAGAGGAGACACAUUUGGCUGCCAUGGGCAGCAGAACGCCAGCACGCACACCGAGUCCAAUGUGGAUGCGAAGACCACAAAGCGAUGGAAAUGGAGAACUCACAUUAUUUGACAUUAGCUGGGAUGAUGUGCUCAUACCACAAUUGUCCAUCUACCUGUCGCUCAAGGACUUGUUCAAUAUGCGCAGCUGCUCGCGCACUGGAUUACGCUUUGCGGAAUCGGCGCUGGAGAAGCGCCAGGAGUUGCACUUAUCCGGGAAUAACACAAGAAAUAUCCAGCUGGGCUUUAAGGUCUUGGCGCGUUGUUGUCGCCGCCUGCAACAUUUGCAUUUGGCCAGAUGCAUGUGGCUAACGGAUGAGCUUCUGUUGCCACUGUUGGAGAACAACAAGCAGAGUCUGAGCGCCGUCAAUUUGAAUGAAUGCAUCAAUAUCACCGCUCUCUCCCUGCAGCCGAUCAUCGUGCAGUAAGAGCUGCGUAUCCUGAAGCUAUCCAAAUGCCAAUGGUUGACAACUGGAGCUGUCGAUGCUCUGACGCUGCAUCAGAGCAAACUGUUGGAAUUCGAUAUUUCUCAUUGUGGUGCCAUUGGCGAACGUUGUCUCAUCAUCUUCUUCAGGAAGCUCAACAAACUGACAAUUCUGUCGUUGGCCAAUACGCCCAGUGUGACGGAUCAGGUGCUCAUACAGAUUGGCAACUAUUGUCGCGAACUCGAGCAUAUUAAUCUCAUUGGCUGCUCCUCCAUUACCGACUAUGGCGUUCACGCCUUGACCAAAAGCUGCCCACAACUGCAGUCCCUGAUGAUCCAACGUUGUCCUCUAAUCACGGAACGCGUACUGGCUCCUCUGCGUGGACGCCUGCACAUUGAUCGACCCAUCUCUAGCUAUAACCUCCCUGCCACCCAGCAUCGUCUCUACCUGCAGGUGUGAAGAGAAGAUCCAGCUUCAAAUAAAAUUCUCCAACUGGCGGCAAUUCAUCUAUAAAUAUGCUUACUGUACAGUCAGCGGAAUAGCUUAAUACAAUUAAUUAACUAA